AUGAGGUCAUCUGAGUCACCAAUUCUGCUUAACUCCCGUAGGUUGUUCCAACAGUUCUUGGUUGAUGCAUAUACUAUGGUAGAGUCUGAGCAUUUUAGUUUUCUUCGUUUCAACCAACCAAAGUUGAGGGUUGAAAAGUACAAGUUAUUGCAUGAGUCUUUAGUUAGAGGUGAAGCAGAUGUUGUUUCAAGUGGUCAAAGGAUAAUUCUCCCAAGCACUUUUACGGGUGGACCUAGAUACAUGUUUAAUAAUUGCAAGGAUGCAUUUGCUCUUUGCAAGCAUUUUGGUUAUCCAAGAUUUUUUGUCACCAUCACAUGCAAUCCUGAAUGGGAUGAGAUAAAGCGCUUAUUAAUUGGUACUGGACUUAAAGCAGAAGAUCGUCCUGAUAUUACAUCAAGAGUCUUUAAGAUUAAGCUAAACAACUUAAUCAGAGAUUUUAAGUAUGGUGAUAUUUUUGGAAAGAUUUCUGGAUAUGUAUGCACUAUUGAAUUUCAGAAGAGGGGACUUCCUCAUGCUCAUAUUUUGUUGUUCAUGCAUCCUCUUUCAAAACCUAGGUCUCCUGAUGAUAUAUAUAACUUAAUAUCGGCACAAAUACCCGAUAAACGUCGAAGGCCUAAGUUAUAUGCUGCUGUUGAGAAAUUCAUGGUUCAUGGUCCAUGUGGCAAGUAUAACAAGAAUAGUCCUUGCAUGGUAAAUGGUUUGUGCUCCAAAUAUUUUCCCAAACAAUUUAGACAACGUACUGUUGUUGAUGAAGCUGGGUUCCCAAAGUAUUGUAGGCCAAAAAAUGGUCGCACCAUAAUAAAAAAGGGUGCAACUCUUGAUAACUCUUUUAUUGUCCCGUACAACCCAACUUUGUUAUUAAGGUAUGGUUGUCACAUUAAUGUUGAGCAUACUUGCCAAACUUCUGCCAUCAAAUAUUUAUUCAAGUAUGUUCACAAAGGAAAUGAUCGUGUUACUGCUUCAUUCUACCAGACAUCAGUUAAUGGUAAUGCUCCUCCUAUUGUGGAUGAGAUUAACAACUAUUAUGAUUGUAGAUACAUUUCUGCAUGUGAAGCUGCUUGGAGAUUAUAUGGUUAUGAUAUUCAAGUUAAGGAGCCUGCUAUUAUCAGACUUCCAUUUCACCUACCAGAUGAGAAUCCUGUUAGUUUCAAGGAAUACGAGGGUAUUCAGGAUGUCCUUAGUCGUGUUGAUGCAAAGUUCACUAAAUUACAAGCAUGGUUUGUUGUGAAUAAAUAUUUUCCAUUGGCUAGGUCAUUGACCUAUUGUGAGUUUCCACAGAAAUUUGUAUGGAAGGACGAUAUUUCAAUGUGGAUUCCAAGGAAACAAGGUUAUUCUAUUGGUAGGUUGACACAUGUUCCUAGAGGUAAUGGCGAGGAUUAUUAUCUUAGACUUCUUCUCAACAUUCAGAAAGGUUGCACCAGUUUUGAGGAAAUACGCACUGUUGAUGGUGUUACACACAACACUUUCAAAGAAGCAUGCUAUGCACUAGGUCUCUUGCAAGACAACAAAGAAUUUAUUGAUGCUAUUCUUGAAGCAAGUACUUGGGCUUCAGCCAACUAUGUUCGUGACCUUUUUGUCAUGCUUCUGAUAUCAAACAACAUAGCAUGUCCAGAUUUUGUCUUAGAAAGAUGCUACAAAGAAUUAUCUGAGGAUAUUUUAUUUGAGCAAAGAAGAAUUCAUCAUGUUAAAGAUCUUCAUUUGUCUGACGAGCAUAUCAUGAACUUGACCCUUGCAAAAAUUGAAGACAAAAUGCAAGCUAAUGGAAGGUCUCUUAAAGAGUUUCCAGCGAUGCCCUACCCAUCAUUAGAUCUUUUUCAUGGUUUAGAAGAUCGCUUAUUGUUGGACGAGGUUAAUUUUGAUCGUUUUUUGCUUAAGCAGCAAUAUAUGCAAUCUCUAAAGACCAUGACAGAUGAGCAACGAUCUGCAUUUGACACCAUUGUUGAUUCCGUAAACAAUGAUCGCGGCGGAUUUUUCUUUCUAUAUGGUUAUGGUGGUACUGGCAAGACGUUCAUCUGGAAUACUCUUUCUGCUUAUCUUAGAUGUGGUGGGAACAUUGUUCUUAAUGUUGCUUCAAGUGGCAUUGCUUCUUUACUACUUCCUAAUGGUCGUACUGCUCACUCAAGAUUUAAAAUACCGUUAAGCAUCAAUGAGGACUCUAUAUGCAACAUAAAGCCGGGAACACCUCUUUGUAAACUUAUUUGUAAAGCAAAGCUUAUUAUAUGGGAUGAGGCACCAAUGUUAAGUAAGUAUUGUUACGAAGCUCUUGACAAGUCUCUAAAAGACAUUCUUUGCUUUCAGCCAUCGUUUAAUCCAAACCUUCCAUUUGGUGGCAAAGUUGUUGUACUUGGCGGAGACUUCAGGCAAAUUCUUCCAGUAAUACCUAUGGGUUCACGGCAAGAUAUUGUGCAAGCAUGCAUUAGUUCAUCUUAUCUAUGGGAUUUUUGCACAGUCUUAAAGCUUUCAAAGAAUAUGAGGCUUACUGUUGGUGGUAUGGUUGAAGUUGAUAAUGAUAUCAAAGCUUUUGCAGAUUGGUUAAUUCAAAUUGGGAAUGGAUUGGCAGGUGAUUCAACAGAUGGGUUAUUGAUGAACUUGGAUAACAUUAAUUAUUUCAAGGAGCGCACGAUUCUGGCACCCACUCUUGAAGUUGUCCAUGAGGUCAAUAACACAAUUAUGGAAUUUAUUAAUAGUGAUGAAAAAGUUUAUCUUAGUUCAGACUCAUUAUGUGCUGAAAAGGGCAACAUGGAAUACGAGUUGGAUGCUAUUACAACUGAUGUUCUAAAUUCGAUAAAUUGCUCAGGUUUGCCCAACCAUCAGUUGAAACUCAAAAUUGGUGUACCUGUGAUGCUUCUAAGGAAUAUAGACCAAAGCAAUGGACUUUGCAAUGGUACUCGAUUACAGGUUCGUAGACUUGGAAAUCAUGUAAUUGAAUGCAACAUCUUGACGGGAGACAAGUGUGGUGAAGUAGUUCUCAUUCCACGCAUGAAUAUGGCUCCGAAUAAUGAAACUCUACCUUUCAGGUUUCAACGUAGACAAUUUCCUUUGGUAGUCUCUUUUGCAAUGACCAUAAAUAAAUCUCAAGGUCAAACUUUGAGCAAAGUUGGUUUAUACUUACCUAGACCUGUUUUUACACACGGACAAUUAUAUGUUGCGUUGUCUAGGGUGAAGUCUAGAGAGGGUUUGAGAGUUUUGAUAAAGAAUAAUGGAUCACUAAGUGAUGAUUCUACCUUAAAUGUUGUGUAUAAGAAAAAUUUUCAGAAUCUCUAA